AACCCCCGGGAUCCCCGAACCCCGAACCCCCCGGAACCCCCCGGGAACCCCCGGAACCCCCGGGAACCCCGAACCCCCGGAGCCCCCGGGCCGAGGGGAUGCGGCACCGCGGGGCCGGGUGAGGCUGUCGCGGGCAUGGCGGGCGCCUCGGUGAAGGUGGCGGUCAGGGUCCGGCCCUUCAGCGCCAGGGAGAGCAGCCGCCAGGCCAAGUGCGUCAUCCAGAUGCGGGGGAACACCACCUGCAUCACCAACCCCAAGCUGCCCAAGGACGGCACCAAACACUUCACCUUCGACCACUCGUACUGGUCCCACACCUCGGAGGAGGACCCCAACUUCGCCUCGCAGCGCCGGGUGUACCAGGACAUCGGCGAGGAGAUGCUGGCGCACGCCUUCGAGGGCUACAACGUCUGCAUCCUGGCCUACGGGCAGACGGGCGCCGGCAAGUCCUACACCAUGAUGGGGCGGCAGGAGCCGGGGCAGCGCGGCAUCAUCCCGCAGCUCUGCGAGGAUCUGUUCGCCCGCGUCGCCCGGGAAGGGUCGCCUGAGCUCUCCUUCUCUGUGGAGGUGAGCUACCUGGAGAUCUACUGCGAGCGCGUGCGGGACCUGCUGAACCCCAAGAGCCGGGGGGGGCUGCGGGUGCGGGAGCACCCCCUGCUCGGGCCCUACGUGCAGGACCUGUCGCGCCUGGCCGUGGCCUCCUUCGCCGACAUCGCCGACCUCAUGGACAGCGGCAACAAGGCCAGGACGGUGGCGGCCACGAACAUGAACGAGACGAGCAGCCGCUCGCACGCCGUGUUCACCAUCGUGUUCAGCCAGCGCCGCCAGGACCCGCUCAGCGACCUCGCCACGGAGAAGGUGAGCCGCAUCAGCCUGGUGGACCUGGCGGGCAGCGAACGCGCCGACGCCUCGGGGGCCAAGGGCGUCCGCCUCAAGGAAGGCGCCAACAUCAACAAGUCCCUGACCACUCUGGGCAAGGUCAUCUCUGCCCUGGCCGAGGCGGCCAGCAAGAAGAAGAAGCCGGAUUUCAUCCCAUACCGGGACUCAGUGCUGACGUGGCUGCUGAAGGAGAACCUGGGCGGGAACUCGCGCACGGCCAUGAUCGCGGCGCUGAGCCCGGCCGACUGCAGCUACGAGGAGACGCUGAGCACGCUGCGCUACGCCGACCGCACGAAGCAGAUCCGGUGCCACGCGGUGAUCAACGAGGACCCGAACGCGCGGCUGAUCCGCGAGCUGCGCCAGGAGGUGACGCGGCUGCGGGAGCUGCUCAGCGCCCAGGGUCUCUCCGACGCCCCCCUCCCCGGCCCCCCGGCCUCCACGCCCCCCACCCUCAAUGGGGCUCCGGGGCUGGAGCCCCCCCUGGGCCCGACGGAGGCCAUGGAGCGGCUGCAGGAGACGGAGAAAAUCAUCGCAGAGCUCAACGAGACCUGGGAGGAGAAGCUGAGACGCACGGAGGCGCUGAGGCUGGAGCGGGAAGCGCUGCUGGCCGAGAUGGGGGUGGCUCUGCGGGAGGACGGCGGCACCGUCGGCGUGUUCUCCCCCAAAAAGACCCCGCACUUGGUGAACCUCAACGAGGACCCGCUGAUGUCCGAGUGCCUCCUGUACCACAUCAAGGACGGCGUCACCAGGGUGGGCCGGGUGGACGUGGACAUCAAGCUGUCGGGGCCGUUCAUCCGGGAGCAGCACUGCCUCUUCCGCAGCCGCCCCGACCCCUCGGGGGAAGUCGUGGUGACGCUGGAGCCGUGCGAGGGGGCUGAGACCUACGUCAACGGGAAGCAGGUGACGGAGCCGGUGGUGCUCAAGUCGGGCCACCGCCUCAUCCUGGGCAAGAACCACGUGUUCCGCUUCACGCACCCGGAGCAGGCGCGGCGGGAGCGGGAGCGGGGGGCGUCCCCCGGGCCCCCCCCGGACUGGAACCUGGCGCAGCGGGAGCUGCUGGAGCAGCAGGGCAUCGACAUGCGCCUCCAGAGGCUCCAGGAGCUGGAGAACCAGCCCCAGCUGGAGAAGGAGGCGCCGGAGCAGCCGCAGCCCCCCGGCCCCGAGGAGCCGCCGUGCUACGAGGCGGGCUGGCGGCUGAUCUCGUCGCUGCGCCAGGCGCUGCCGGCGCCCGCCGUGCGCUCGGUGCUGCGCCGGGCCGGGCUCCCGCUGCCGGGCAAGCGCCGGGAGCCGCUGCGCGUCUACCAGAUCCCGCAGCGCCGCCGCGGCUCCCCGCCGCCGUCGCCGUCCUCGACGUCCUCGACGUCGUCCUCGUGCUCGCCCUCGUGGGUGACCAUGGCCGACCUGAAGGCGCAGGCGGUGCGGGAGCUGAGCCUGGAGCUGGCGCUGCGCGAGCGGCGGCCGGCGCGGCGCGAGCUGGAGGCGCUGAGCCUGGCGCGGCUGCGGGAGCUGUGCCGCCGCCACGGCAAGCGCGAGCCCACCGAGCGCGACGGCUGGCGCGCCGUGGCCGGCGACGUCUGGGACGCCGUGGGCGGCGGCGAGGAUGAGGAGGGCGGCGGUGGCGGCGGCGGCGGCGCUCCGGGCGAGCGGGUGAGCGAGGUGGAGGGGCUGCGGCUGCACCUGGACAGGCUGGCGGGGAUCCUGCGCGAGGUGAAGCGGCAGAACAGCGCCAAGGACGAGCAGAUCCGCGCCCUGCGCGACCGCGUGGGGCAGAUGGAGCGCGUCAUCCCGCUGCCGCCGGACGACGCUGCCGAGGCCGAGCCGCCCGCCCGCGCCCCCUCCCCGGAGCGCCCCUCGCCGCCCCCCUCGCCCCCGUCGGCGGCGGCGGCGCGGCUGUGCCGGCUGAUGGAGCAGGACCCCGCGUUCCGGCGGGGGCGGCUGCGCUGGCUGCGCCAGGAGCAGGCCCGCCUGAUGGCGGGGGGCGGCCCGCAGCCCCCGCAGCCGCCCCGCCGCCCGCCGCGCUUCCACCCGGCCGCCCAGGACUCCAAGCUGCGCUUCCCCUUCAAGAGCAACCCCCAGCACCGCCUGGCUUGGGGGGGCGCCGCGGGGGACCCCCCCCGCGCCGACGGCGGCAGCCCCCCGCCCGCCGCGGGGCGCCCCCGCCGGGGGUCCCUGGAUGGGGGGUCCCCGCCGCCGCCCCGGGUCCGCCGCCAGCGCUCGGCUCCCGACCUGAAGGCGCGGGGCCCCGUCCCGUAGGGGGUGCGGGAUUUUGGGGGCGCCCCCUCCCCAAAUGGACAAUCACAGCCCCCCCCCCCAAUCGGGGGUCUCCCCGGCGGGGGAGCCCCCAGCUGCUGUCACACUGCCCCCGCCCCCCGCGCGUGUGUGUGUGUCUGUGGGGGGGCCCUCGGCCAGGGGGCCCCCCCCGUUAGAGGGGAGUCCCUGAUUAAUUAAUGGCGAUGCCGCUAAUUAAACAGAAGCGCCUCA